AUGACGACGUAUUCCCCGGACGUCGUGCGAUCGAACGCCCUGUUCGACGGCGAGGCGGAAGAUUUGGACGCCGUGCCGUCACCGCGCAUGGGACGCGAGAACGCGAGGGAUACGUUUGAGUUUGAGACGCUGAAAGACCCGAGGAUCGAUUGGAGCGCGAUCGCGCGAUGCGACGCGCGAGACGCGAGACGGCGGACGGACAUCGACGCUCUGGAGGCCGUGCUCGAGGCGUGCGUGCGAGCGGACAUUGAUUCGAUAUCGAAUCAGGAGAUGUGCGAACCGAGGGGUGGAAGGGAGUUGGCGAAGCUGUUACAACUGUUGGUGGAGUACCUUCUGCACGUGCAGGAGGCGCUGAGCGAGAGCAAGGCGCGGUCGGAACGCGAGAUCGAGGGGUGGAAAGAGCGGGCGAAACGCGAGCGAGAUGAUGCGAGAAAAUUUGCGAGGGAGCUACGAUUGGCCAACGAGACGCACGAGGCGGAAGUGAUCGCCAUGGCGGCGGAGUACGCCAAGCGAAGGAAUAAUCCAGAUAGCGCCGAACUGGAAGACGCGAGAAGACGAGGGGAGUCCAUGGCGGCCGAGCGCGCGGCGCGGGAUCUGGAGAAGCGAUUGAGAGAGCAGAGGGAACUGUUUGACUCCGCUGUCGACCGCAUGCGCGCUGCGCACGCGGAAGCGCAGGCUGAGGCCGCCCGAGAACUCGCAGCACGCAAGGCAGACCUCGCGGCGGCGCGAGCGCAGUACGUCGCCACGUCCACGGAUUCAACCAAGGAGGCCAAAAGGAUGAUCGACGACGCGCAGGUACUCAUUCGAGAGGCCCGCGAAAAGGCUGAGCUUGAAAAAUCCAACGUUUCGCGUAUUCGAGCCGAGCUAAACGCCGCUACCGAGGCGCAGCAGCGUCACAAACGCUCAUUGGCCGAAACCAAGCUCGAGCUAACUAGACUUCAGGAGGAUUUCAAGAACGAGAGCGAGUCAAACGCCGAGCUGAGAAUGGCGCUUGAACGAAGGGACCAGGAGCGUAAAUUGAUACGAGAGCAAAUUGAACAGCUUCGCGGCAAGCAAACACCUGUGGGCGAGGAGCAGGCUGAGCUCACUAGCUUGCGAGCUCUCGUCAAAAACAACUUCACCGAGAUCGAAAGACUCAAGCGCGAGAACGAGGUACUGCGCGAGGAUAGGGACGCGCAAUCAAAGUGGGUCGCGGAUGAAAAGAAGCAAUGGGUCCCUUCGAAUGAGCGAAUUUCACAAGGGGAGCUCACCGACAAGGAGAAAACUAUUUCGGACCUUCAAGAGGACAUCUUGAAACUCAGGAAAGAUCUCGCAGAGGAGCGCUCAAAAAAGUUGAUCACCAUCAAGCCGAUCAUCGAAGGUUAUGAGGCUCGCGAGCGGAGAGCGACCGCGACUACGGUAGCUCCGACGCCAGAGCCGAUGACGAAGGCGGCAGGCAAGGUCAUCACGAAAACGGUACGCGCUCACAAAGCUGAGGACAUGGAGGGAUCGCUCAGCGCCAUCAUGAACGAAUUGAACGUCAAUGUAGAUCGUGGCGUCGAGGGUCUAGACGACGCCGCGUUCCAAGAGGCGAUGAAGAAGUUUGAGACAAUUACGAUGCGCGACGUCUCCAAGGAUCCGAAGAUGCGCUCGAGGUACAUGGAGGCGCGCGAUAGGGCGCUUAAGCAGAUAGAUCAAAUCGUUGCCUAA